AUGAAAAAUUUCUCUCUUGCGGAAUUAGCCGAAGAGAUAUUGAAUAGUUCUAAAUCUAAUAGUCAGUUCACACAAGAUCAAUCAAAUAACAACCGAACCAUUAUUAAUCUCCCUACUGCGGAAGAAAUUAACGAACAAUAUCAAAAAGACUCUGAAAGAGAAGAAAUUAUUAACUCUCCUAUUUUAAAAAAGCCCGAAGAAAAAGUUCAAGUCCAAGAAUAUUUAAAAAAAAUUGUCGAAGCCGAAAUUUUAAUCAAAAUAAAGAGAUUUAGUGCCGCGGUUCUCCAAAAAUUAAAAGAAAUAGCUACUAAGCCGAAAAUUUAUCAGUUAUUAAACAAAAAUAAAAGAGUUGAGCAAGCUGUCUCAGCUUUACAAGGCUUAGAAAAGUCAGCAUCAAGUCAACCCACUAAUAACAAAGAUAAUAAUCAAUACUUAGUUCCUCUUUUGCUUGGUGGCGGGGUAAUAGUUUUACUAAUUAGUGCUCUGCUAGUGGUUCGGUCUCGUCGUCUUAUUAUGCCCAGAGAUAAAGAAUUCGAAAAAAUAUUACAAGCAGCCGAAGACCCCAAAAAUAUCGGUCAAGGUUCUUGGGACUUACCCGUUAAUCCAACCCCUUCCCA